GCCCCGCCCCCCCCUAUCGAACCGGGAGGGGCGGGGGCUGCCGGGCCCCUCCCUCGGUCCGGCCCGGUGCGCUGAAGCGGGCCCCGGUGGUACCGGCCACGGGAGCGGCGUGAUCCGUGUCCCGUGUAGCCGGGCAGGGUGGGGUGUUGCCGCGGAGCUUUACCUCUGCCGCGCCCCGAGCUGGAGGCAGUAGGACUGCCGGCCCCGGAGCCGCUGCCCCGCUGCUGCACGGCGCCCUCGGAGCGCGGCGGGAGCUCCGGUGUCAUGUCCCCCCGGUGAACCGGGGCUGCGCUCGGCCGCCCGCACCUGAACGAACUACAAGUCCCAGAGUGCUCCGCGGCCGGCGCGGUGACGUCAGACGCAGCGUUCUCUUUAGGCCAUCCGUACCCGGAUGUAGGUCCCUUUCCCUCCCCGGAAGAUGGCGGGUGAGAAAGCGGCCGCUGAGAAAAAGCCAGGCGAGAAAAAGCCGGCCAAGAAAAAGCCGGGUGAGAAGAAGCCACUGGAGCAGAAGCCAAUCCAGAAAGAUGGAGGAGAGAAGAAGAAGAAGGUUAAGAAGCAUCAUGCCAGCCGGAACCCUGUCCUGGCCCGGGGCAUCGGGAGGUAUUCCCGGUCGGCCAUGUACGCCAGGAAAGCGCUGUACAAGCGCAAGUACACCGCUCCAGAAACAAGGAUAGAAAAGAAGAAGAAAGAGAAGCCCCGCACGACCAUCACCAAGCCGGUGGGGGGGGACAAGAACGGAGGCAGCCGCGUGGUGAAAAUCCGCAAAAUGCCCAGGUAUUAUCCCACCGAGGAUGUUCCUCGCAAGCUUUUGAGUCAUGGCAAGAAGCCCUUCAGCCAGCACAAGAGGCGGCUGAGGGCCUCCAUCACUCCAGGGACUGUUCUGAUCCUGCUGACCGGUCGUCACAGAGGCAAGCGUGUCGUCUUCUUGAAGCAGCUCGAUACCGGCCUUUUGCUUGUUACAGGACCCUUGGUUGUCAAUCGUGUCCCUCUGCGUAGGGCCCAUCAGAAAUUUGUUAUUGCUACAUCUACAAAGGUGGAUAUCUCUGGAGUAAAAAUUCCCAAGCAUCUCACUGAUGCAUACUUCAAGAAGAAGAGGCUGCGGAAGCCCAAGCACCAGGAAGGCGAGAUCUUUGACACUGAGAAAGAAAAAUACGAGAUAACGGAGCAGCGCAAGUCGGACCAGAAGGCGGUGGAUUCCCAGAUCCUGGCGCGAAUCAAGAAGGUGCCUCAGCUCCGUGGGUACCUGCGUUCUACAUUCUGUCUCUCAAAUGGAGUCUAUCCUCACAAAUUGGUGUUCUAACUGCCCUGAAAGCACCACAUUAAAUUUGAAGGAAAACCCAGGA